UGGAUACAAGUGUGAUUCACUUCUUUAAUGUACGAUGUUGAAGAAUAUUGUGGGACUAGUAACUGGAGGUGCGUCAGGACUUGGCAGAGCAACGGUUGAACGUCUGGUAAAGGAAGGAGGACGGGCUGUGUUAUGUGAUCUUCAGUCAUCCUCUGGUCAUGAAGUUGAAAAAGAGCUUGGAGAGAAAGUAGUCUUUGUACCAACUGAUGUGGUAUCUGAAAGUGAUGUUACGAAUGCUGUCCAAGUUGCCAAGGAAAAGUUUGGGCGACUCACUGUGGCUGUCAACUGUGCUGGAAUCGGGGUUGCUUUCAAGACAUAUAACUUCAAUAAGAAAGUUCCGCAUGUAUUACAAGAUUUCACCAAAGUUCUCAUGGUGAAUACUGUUGGAACAUUCAACGUGAUACGUUUGGCUGCUGGCUUGAUUGGCGAAAAUGAACCAAAUGAAGAUGGUGAACGAGGAAUUAUCAUUAACACUGCAAGUGUGGCAGCCUUUGAUGGUCAGAUGGGCCAAGCGGCAUACUCUGCUAGCAAGGGAGCUAUUGUUGGUAUGACUCUUCCCAUUGCCCGUGACUUAGCGGACCAAGGAAUUCGAGUCUGCACAAUAGCACCUGGUCUGUUUCAUACACCGCUACUUGCUUCAUUGCCAGAUAAAGUUCUCCAUUUUUUGGCAAAAUCUGUUCCUUUUCCAAAAAGGUUGGGAAAUCCUGAAGAGUUUGCCCUCUUGGUUCAGAGCAUAAUUCAGAAUCCAAUGUUAAAUGGAGAAGUAAUAAGAUUGGAUGGUGCCAUACGCAUGCAGCCAUAAGUGAAUACUGAAGUGAAGGGCAAGAGUUGUUAUUUUUUUAAGCAUACAGUGUAUUUGUUAAUAAUCAAGAAAUAUUAAAUGUGGAAUUUUAUAUACACAGUA